AUCCUCCUCUUUUUCUUCCUUCUCACCAUCGUCAUCAUCAGCCAAUAUAACUCCAUUCCAAGCCCCAAGAAGCCCUCAAACCUCUACACUCAAUCUCCUUUUAUCUUAUUCUCAACCAUGAAGUUUUCCACCAUUGUCGUUGCCGCUCUUGCCUUGGCCGCCGGUGCCAUGGCCGCGGAUCCUACGACUACCACCACCACCACCACCACUACGGCAGCCAAGACCACCACCUCGGCCAUUAGCUCGGCCUCGUCCCCGCUUCCUCCCAAGACCAGCGCUACCACGACUCCGGUAGUCCCCGUUACCACGACUCCGGUAACCCCCGCGCCCACGACCACGAAGCCUUCGGCUGGAAAUAAUGUUGUGGUUAACUCUGUCGCCGUCGUUGCUGGUCUCGGAUUUGCCUUGGCCGCCGCUCUCUAAACGAGAACGCCACGUGCAUAAGCAAGCAAGAAUAGCUCCAAGAAGAGGACGUCAAAAAAAGAAAAAGAACAAUGAAAAAGGAGAAGGAGAGAAGGAAAGAUGGAAGGACUGAGUUGCUAAGAGGUAUUAAUUAUCAUUUUUAUCAGACCAAUUAUUUCGCUCUGAGCUUCUCUCUUCUCCUACCCGGCACGCUACCGCCAUGUCUUUCAUUCUCUUUUUCUUUAUCCUGUUUAAUUUUUGUUGUUCAACGUAGAGUUUUAAAAUGAAUGUCCACCAUAGUUAGUUUGUAAUAAAAAGCUUGGAACCUUGCACCAGUAAACCUGCAGCUCCAUUCUUGUCUUAAUGUUCAUUGGUGGCUAGAUCAGUGCUAGAUACUAAUGGUAGUAGAAUGGCAUGCCUGGUCAAGAGAAAU